GAAGACAACAUGGCUUUUGGAAAACCUACAAAGUACUGGAUGCUGGACGUCAGUAAAAUCUACAGCAGUGGCUGUAAUGCCUGGGACCGAGCAGUGCACGAUGCCUCAGAGGAGUACAAACACAGGAUGCACAACCUGUGCUGUGACAACUGUCACUCACAUGUGGCCAUGGCUCUGAACCUGAUGCAGUAUGAGAACAGAACCUCGUGGAACAUGGUCAGCCUUUGUCUGCUUGCUUUCAUCCAUGGAAAAUAUGUCAGCUGUGCAGGCUUUCUGAAAACAUGGCUGCCUUUCAUGAUGCUGGUGGGCGUCAUCCUUACAGUGGCCCUCGCCUUCAACCUGCGAUGACCCAGUGAGGCAGGAGAACAACCCAGUGGAGUCCCUGGUCUCCUGGCUUCAGACCAUGCAACAUGGAAGUGAUGAACAAUAAUGAGAGGAAGGUUCAAACCAAAGUAACCAAAGGAGUAGAAACUGCUGACCUCCAGGAGAACACUGUUGGACAGGAAAGUGUUUUAUCACCUGAGUUCCUACGAUGUUAAAGCUGUAAACCUUUAAAUUCAGCUCCUUUUCCUUCGCCUUGGUAUUCUUUGUUCUGUUGCUUUACAACAUGCUAUUUAAAUAGAUUAAUUUGCUUAUAAUUUAAAAAACAUACUGAUGAUUAAUAAAGUUAAAUGCUUAAAAUAUAUAUUUUAAAGAUUUCUACGUGAAAAAUGGUGCUUGCCAAAGAAUUCAGCUAAACACUGGAGUUUUUGUGUGUUUUCCAUGACUAAACUGCUGCAGGUUGGAUGAUUCCUGUUUAUGUUCAACAGUAUUUUACCAGAGAUUCUCAGGUGGACUGAGGCCUGGACUGUUGACUGGAUCAUCCUAGGACAUUGUACUGGUUUUUCUUAAAGCAGUGAGGUGUACUUCAGGUGCUGAAAGGUGACCCUUCCUCUGAUUCUCACCAUGUUCCCUGUCCCUGCUGAUGGAAACAAACAGCAUGAUGCUYCCACGGCCAUGUUUCACAGGGAUGCUGUGCUCAGCAUGUUGAGAGGAGGAGGG